CGGAUUUUCGUAGAGAAUGGGUCAAAAACAGACUAUUGAAAUUCUUCGGAUUAAAUUCGGGCCGUUAUUUCGAAGAUAUGAUGCUGAAUGGAGACAACCUGGAGGAUAAACUAUCGUCGUAUUUGGAAGACGACCUGUUAGAUCAAGAAAUCGAUAGUUUCAACAAAAGGUUCUUUUACGUUUACAAGACGUCGUAUGAAAAACUGAUCGAGAGGGAGAUACUGGUGCCUAAACCUGUUAAAAUAGAGAAGCCCAAAACGGAGGUGGCAAUCGCGACGGAGAAGUUAACGAAAAAGAAAAAAGGUGGCAAGGCUCUCAUCAAAAUAGGCAAAAAGGCACGGAAGUCGCCUCGGACCUCUCCCGAUAUUGCGGACGUCGAGGGCGACUUAGGGGAACGAUCGUCGCCUGAAGCGGAAACGGAACGCAAGAAGCCGGACGAGGAGACGACGACGCGGACGGAAAGGACGUCAUCGCCAGCCACGGACGCGGAAGCGUCCACGAUUCCAUCGGCGGAAGUUACCGAUGCAGACGUGGAAUUGUCGGAAGCGGAAGAAGGCAAAGUUGAUAAGGUGCGAAAAAAGAAGAAAGGUCGGAAGCCGAAAGCUGGCACGCAACGAGCGAAGAAGACCAAAUCACAGGACGAGACGCCGUUGGAAAAAACAGAUACCGACGAUGAGGAAAAGGAGCAGGAAAUUAUUUAUGUGCCGAAAAUCGUUCAGGAAUCGGUGACCGAUUUUAUACUUCAUGGCAAUUUUAACUGGAUAAAUGAUGAGCCGACAAAUAGCGAACGACGAUUCGUGUACAUGUUUCGCAAGUCGGAAACGGGGGUACCAACAUUCGAAGCAAUGGACGACGCCGAUGCCGAGAUGCCCGGCUACUUCCUCGUGGGAGUUGUAGACGGAAAUAUGGCGCGUGGAGUGUCGUUUCUCACGCACCAGCUCUUUUUGCCUCUGGCGAAAUUGUGUUUUAUUGAACCUGCUUCCAAGAAACGGAUGCCUAAAAAAGUGAGCGCCAAGGAGGAUAGAACUUUCCACGGUACUUCGAUUUUUGGUGAACACGAAUAUAGGAAAUCGUCGAUGGAGGUGGCCGAGAGGGCUAAGCGGGGGAUCGAACGACUGUCGAUGACUGCCAGCACGAGCACCGCCCAAGCUUUCAUCGAAGAGAAAGAUUCCAAGUCGGACACUCCCGUCAAGGACGAAUUUGUCACUGAAAUCGCGGCUCUGUCUUCGACUCUGCAGUGGGUGUGCGAACACGUGGGCGACGAAAUAGAUUUGCCGAUGCCUAAUUUGACAGAUAUGCUGGCGACCGAUCGCGAUGAAGAUGAGCUUGCACGUGACGAUUCCGUAGUGGUCAGCCUAGAAGAAGUGGUGAUGGGCUGGGAGCGGCAUAUCGCCAAAGUUCUAGAGACUUAUCUGACCAAGACACCCGUCGGUAACGGACCGUUGCCAGAAUACGAGUACUGGCACGAGCGGGAAGCCGCAUUUAGCGCCAUUGUGGAACAACUUAAAAAACCAAUGGUUCUACGAAUCAGCGACAUCUUGGAACGGGCAGGUUCUUCAGUGAUGGCCGCAUUUGGUCACUACCACGCGGAACUGAAGCGGUACUAUGCCCAGGCCAGGGACAACGUCAAAUUUUUAUCAACGAUCAGGAGACACCUGAAGGUAAUCACCGACAGUAGCGACUUCAAGAAGAUCAAGGAGUGUAUCCCAGACUUGAUGGAAGGCCUUCAUCUAAUCUGGGUGCUGUCUCGAUACUACAACACAGACGAGACGAUGGUGCCUUUUAUGGAGAGGGUGGUCUGGUGCUUUUUGGACAAGACGCAGAGGCAUUUGGACAACGCGUUUCUCUUUAGGAGACCAAUCGAAGAUGUGAAGCGGCUGUCGCAUGAGGCCAAAGAGAUGUUAGAGACGUGGAAGUCGGCGUACAUGGCGACGAGGCAAAAGAUCGAGGAUUCCGGUAAAGGUCAAAGGUGGGAGUUCAACAGGGGUCGAUUGUUUGCGGCUUCGGAUUAUGUGGCCAAAGUAUGCGACGAUUUAUACAAAGGAGCUGUGGUAGUAAGCCAUUUCAAGAACAUAUUCGGACCAGAACUAAGAUCGAUUGUUAACGAUCCUCAAACUAUCGAUAACGUGUCGAAACGCGUCGACAGAUUAGUUAGCAGCAUAGAGAAUACCGAUUUCGACAUAUUCGAUAUGAACUGCAAAGAGAACUGGGAGGCGAUUAUCGUCAAUUACGAGAAGGAAGUGCGCAAAUUGGAAAUCGAGAGUACGAACUUUAUCGAACAGAGUUUGAAAAUGAUCAGAUCAUCGGAGGCCGCGUUAGAAAUGAUGCUGAAAUUCAAACACAUCGAGACGAGGGAAAUGAUCCUCGAUAAACUGAUGAAAAGGUUCGAUGUCAUCCUCGACCAAUUUACGAAAGAGAUUCUUAGCGUCGAUGACAACUUCACGCGGAACAAGCGCCGUCCAGUUUUGUGCAGAGACGCCCCUACCCACGGAGGUGCCAUCUACUGGGCCCGUCUGCUCUUUUACAAGCUAAAGAGGCCGAUACUGAAGUUUCAGCGUGUGCCGGAGCUGAUGGAAUCGCCGCUCAAGGACGAGGUGUUCGAUUUAUACUUAAAACUGACUAAGGAGCUCAGAGCUUACGAGGAGGCGAAGUUGAGAGAGUGGCUGCAGUUGUACGAACAACUGUUGGAACGCACCGUGCAGAUGAACUUGCUGAAAAUCGUGGACUCUCCGAAGAAAAGACAAUUUUUCAAACCGAUCAAGGGCUCGUUGUCGGGGAUCGCGGGAAUAGGUUCUCAACAAAAACUAAGUUCUACCGCCUCGGGGAGCAGAGGUCACGUCGUGACGUCCAAAUCCCUAAAGAUGCCGUUGAGGUCAUCAACUGCGACGCACUCCGCGCACACCCUUAUGAGUCGCAUCCAAUCACGGCGUAACUUAACGUGGCACGAGAUCAUCGGCCCAAACAUCACAGUCGACUUUGGCCUGAAGUUUGACCUGAACUUUGAUGAAACGCUGUGGCGCAGUUUCAAAGGCAUCGAAACGUUCGAGCUACUGAAUUUCGCGCUGCCCGAGCACGUCAGGAUAAUCGCGGUCAGGAAGGAGAAGGUGCAACGCGACGUCAACGCAGUGUCGCGUAUGCUCGCGCGUUACAACUCCAUCACGGACAGACUUGGUCCGCCGCAGGUGACUCUUUUGAAAGAGAAACUGAUGGAAGUGGAACUUCACAUUCAGCAAGGACUUUCUCGCAUCAAAUGGUCAUCAUUGAGCGUCGGAGAAUACGCUACUGAAUGCGAGAUGCGCAUAACCUCCGUGGCCACCCUUUUGGAGCAUAUCGAGCAUAUAGAGAACGACCUGCGCGGAAGAGUACGCUCCCUAGCGAGAACAAAUUUAUUCGAUUAUGUCCCUGCAGAUAAAAACCCUAAUCGACUGCCAUGCAAAGAGUUCUUUAGCGUUAUGCAAUCUGGCCGAACGCAGAAAGUAUCGGACAUGUUGAAAACUUACGAAUCGUUGACUCCGAUCUUAAUAAAACUCGAGGCUUUAGUGCUGAACACCAAUACCGGUAAUCAUCCUCGAAUGGUGCCGUACUAUUCAUUUUGGGAGCUUGAAGUUUAUAAAGCGUUGAUCUCAAUGACACUGACGAAUCUCGAAUCGUUCGUGGCCAAAUUCGAAACCAAAGAGCUGCUGUUUCAAAUUGACGCAGUCGUCGUCACGCCGGAAAUUCUUCUGCGGCCCACCGCCGCUGAAAUAUACAACGCGAUCACUCGCACUGCUCAUGACUUCCUCGAUAGACUUGCUGCGUUCCCGAGAUGGAUGCAGGAGACCUGCUUGCCUUGUCGUCCAGUGAUGCACUCCAAAAAGGAGGAGUUCCUAUACUCGUUCUACGACGAGGUGCUAAAGGUGCCUGACGUGACGGAAGCAGUGCAGAAAUUACAGGAGGUGGGCCACAGGUGUGUAGCUAACGCGCGUCGCGCCCUCUUCAAGUGGAGACGUUACCGUAUGUUGUGGUCAUUCGAGAAGACAUCCACGUGUGAGAAGUUUAUGGCACAAGGCGCGACGCUGGAGAUGUACGACGAGAAAUUCAUGUUUUACCGAGAUGUGAAGGAAAGCGUCGUCGGGUUCGCGGAUUUUAUUGACGUCGAUGGCAUUAGGAUAAACAUGAGACCGCUGCUAGACGCCGUAGCGCGUCAUUGCCAAGAAUGGAAGGACACUCUCGGUCAUCUACUGGACGCGGACACGUUCCAAAAAAUGCUAGACAUGAAAAAAACCAUAGACGAUUUGCGCUUCGCCGUUCGUCAAAAUAUCAAAGGCCUGGAUCGUUUCAAGUCGAUAAUGCUAGCGAUAGCCAACGUAAGGAGGCGAAAUAUUCAAUCCGAACUGGAUUACCUACGCUUCCAGGAGAUUUACUCGAUGCUGCGCCAGCACGAUAUACCUUUCGAUCCCGCUCAUGAACACAUGGCCCAUUCUUUGGAACGCGACUGGAAGUCGUUAAUGAUGUCCGGUCUGUAUAGGGAGCAAACUUUGGAAACCACGAAAGAACGUUUCGCCGGUGUCACAUUGAACGAAAUCAACGAAUUUUGCGAGGUACUUAAGGAGUUUGUGGACAGGUUCGUCAGCGAAGGCCCCGGAGCGGUGGGGGAUGAUUUGGACCGAGGACUGUUACUUAUGGACGAUUUUCGGAUCGAAUUCGAGAAGUUGGAAACGAAGCGGACGGAGUUGGUCGAAGCGGAGGCACUGUUCGACGUUCCACUUCCCGAUUACGCCGACUAUUUGAACGCGAAGGAUGCGUUUGACGGGAUGGACGUCUUGUACAAGGUUUACAAAACUCAAAAGCACGCUAGGGAGUUAUGGGGAAAAACUCUGUGGGCCAACUUGAAUCCGCAAGCUCUAUUGGGAGGAAUCGAUGGCUUCCUAAAGGACUUCCGAACUAUACCGAAGGAGAUUCGUUCGAUGCCCGUUGGUCUAACGCUGGAAUUGAAAAUGAAACAGUUUCGCAACGCAGUGCCGCUGAUGGUCGCUUUGAAGAACGAAGCUCUCAGAGAUCGACACUGGAAACUACUUAUGGAAAAGACGGGCAUAACUUUCGACUUAGCCCCAGAGCGGUUCACGCUGGAUAACAUGUUCGCUAUGGAAUUGCACCGUUUCCGAGACAUCGCCGAGGCGAUCAUCAGCACCGCGGUGAAGGAGUUGGCGAUCGAGCGGAGCGUGACGGAGAUCAUUGACAGUUGGAAGACGAUCUCGUUCAUGAUUUAUAAACACACGAAAAGCAACGAAGAUCGCGGAUUCGUCCUCGGUCCCACCGACGAGAUCAUGCAGAUCCUGGAGGACCAUUCGAUGAACCUCCAGAAUAUGGCGGGGUCGCAGUAUGUUGGUCCGUUCUUGCCGCAGGUGCAGCGUUGGGAGAAGACGUUGACGCUCAUCGCCGAAGUGAUCGACGAAUGGUUAUCGGUGCAACGCAGAUGGUUAUACCUGGAAGGUAUAUUUAUCGGCGGCGACAUUCGCGCCCAGUUGCAGGAAGAAGCCAAAAAAUUCGACGACAUUGACAAGGCGUUCAGACGCAUGAUGCUCGAAACUGUCAAGAGACCGGUCGUCUUGGAAUGUUGUACAGUAGCCGGCCGCUUGGAAGAGUUGCAAGGGCUCGGGUCGGGCUUGGACCGGUGUCAAAAGUCACUGAACGAGUACCUGGACUCGAAACGGCGGCGAUUUCCUCGAUUUUAUUUCAUAUCCACCGAGGAGCUGUUAUCGGUUCUAGGCAGCGGCAGCCACCUGGUGAUCCAGGAACAUAUGAUCAAAAUGUUCGACAACAUCAAAUCCCUACGUUUCGCCGCCGAUACCAGCGACAGAGUGAUCGCGUCCGCGAUGAUAUCCAGCGAAGGUGAGGUGAUGGAGUUUCGAAGUGUGGUCUACAUAGAGGGUAGGGUGGAGGACUGGAUGAACGACGUUCUCAAAGAAAUGAGACGUUCGAACCGGUUCAUAACCAAGAGCGCCAUUUUUUAUUACGGGAAAGUGAGACGGCCGCGGCCGCUGUGGAUGAUGGAGUACCAGGGGAUGGUGUGUUUGGCUGGCAGUCAAGUGUGGUGGACCGCCGAAGUCGAAGACGUAUUCGUCAAAAUCAAAAAGGGCAACAAACGGGCGAUGAAAGAGUAUCUGCAGCAGCUUAAUGCCCAGCUGGACGAGAUCGUGAUCACGGUGCGGGCCGAAUUGAGUGCCAACGAUCGAUCGAAGUUUCGCACGGUUGCGAUCGUGGAAGUUCACGCGAGGGACAUCGUGGAGAAAUUCGUGCGCGACAGCGUCGCCGACGCCCGCGAAUUCGAGUGGGAGAGUCAGCUGCGAUUUUAUUGGACGAACAGCAAGGACAACUUGUGGGUGGCGCAGUGCACGGGCUCUUUCGAGUACGGUUACGAAUACAUGGGUCUAAACGGGAGACUGGUGAUCACACCGCUGACCGAUAGGAUCUACUUGACGCUGACACAGGCACUGAUGAUGUAUAUGGGCGGCGCGCCGGCAGGACCAGCCGGCACCGGUAAAACCGAGACGGUCAAAGAUUUAGCCAAGGCGCUGGCCUUGCUCUGCAUAGUGACAAAUUGCGGCGAAGGUAUGGACUAUAAAGCUAUCGGGACUACGCUGGCGGGGUUAGCCCAGUGUGGUGCGUGGGGCUGUUUCGAUGAAUUCAACCGUAUCGACGUAUCAGUCCUCUCGGUAAUUUCCACUCAACUACAGACGCUACGAAGCGCCCUCGCUAUGAAACUCGUGCGGUUCAGUUUUGAGGGGGUAGAAAUUAAUCUGGACUCAAAAGUGGGCGUGUUCAUUACGAUGAAUCCGGGCUACGCCGGCCGAACCGAACUCCCGGAAUCGGUUAAGGCGCUUUUCAGACCCGUCGUUUGCAUCGUACCGGAUAUGGAGAUGAUCUGCAUGAUAUCAUUAUUUUCGGACGGGUUCCUUGAAUCAAAAAUGUUGGCCAAGAAGAUGACAAUACUAUACAAAUUGGCCCGCGAGCAACUAUCGAAACAGUAUCACUACGACUGGGGUCUGCGAGCGCUGAACGCUGUACUGAGAAUGGCCGGUGUCCUCAAACGCGCAUCGCCAGACCUUAAGGAAGCCCUGGUACUUAUGCGGGCUCUCCGUGAUAUGAAUCACCCGAAGUUCGUCUACGAGGACGUGCCGCUGUUUCUGGGCCUUAUCAGGGACUUAUUCCCUGGGAUGGACUGCCCUCGUGUAAAUUACCCGGAAUUCAACGCCGCUGUGGAGGAGGUGUUAACUGGAGAGCGAUUCGUGAUAGUGCCGCAUCAGGUUGAUAAAAUAGUUCAGCUUUACGAGACAAUGAUGACGAGACACUCGACCAUGUUGGUGGGUCCGACAGGUGGCGGAAAGACAACCGUGAUCAACACUUUGGCAAAAGCGCAAACGCUAAUGGGACUUCCCACCAAGAUAUACGCUUUGAAUCCCAAAGCUUGUUCCGUAGUGGAAUUGUACGGGGUAUUAGACCCCUUGACUCGUGACUGGACCGACGGAUUAUUGUCCAAUAUAUUCCGGGAGAUGAACAAGGCCACCGACCAACGGGAAAGGCGGUACAUUCUAUUCGACGGCGAUGUUGAUGCGCUAUGGAUCGAGAACAUGAACUCAGUGAUGGAUGAUAACAAACUUCUGACGUUGGCUAACGGCGAGAGGAUCAGGUUGCAGACCCCGGUAGGCGCGCUUCUUUUUGAAGUCGGGGAUUUACAGUACGCCUCACCGGCAACUGUAUCGAGGGCCGGAAUGGUAUACGUCGAUCCCAAGAAUUUGGGCUUCCAACCGUACUGGGAGCGAUGGUUAAGUGGGAGGACGAGCGAGGACGAGAGAGCCGCGUUUGCCGAGCUGUACGAGCAGAUCGUACCCGACUUGAUGGCCUACGUUUUGGAAGGAGUUUUAGGAAAUCGCCAAGUAGAUCCCCUUAACACGGUGAUCCCUCAAACCGGUCUGAACAUGAUCACCCAACUCUGCCAUUUCAUCGACGCCAUUCAUCCCCAAACCGAACCGAACAACACGGACGCUCACGAAAUAGAUCUCGACCUAAUGAAAUCGAUUUUUGUGACCGCCCUCUACAAUUCCGUGGGUGCGGUCCUCGUAGACGCUUGUCGCGUCGAAUUCGACGACUACAUGAAGUCCCAUUUAUCGAUGAUCGGCUUAAGCGACACCGUAGAUAAGAAGUGCGACUUAAGGCACAUUCCCAUGGCGUUUCCCACAUUUUACGAUUACUUCCUCGACGUCGACCAAAAGGUGUGGGUGGCCUGGGAUUGGUUGGUGCCCGAGUAUGUUCACUCAAAGGACAAGAGAUUCUCUGAAGUGUUGGUACCCACCGUGGACACCGUACGCGUCAACUACAUCUUGGAGUUGAUGAACAGAAUUAAGAGGCCGGUGGUUUUGGUGGGUCAAACCGGUACUUCGAAGACGGCCAUAGUGCGGCAAUUCCUGCGCCAGUUGGAGCGUGACAUCUACAUCAUUUUGAACGUGAACUUCUCGUCGAGAACCUCGUCCAUGGACGUGCAAAUGAACCUGGAAUCGGUAGUGGAGAAGCGUACCAAAGAUAUCUACGGACCGCCCAUGGGAAAGAAGCUGGUCUGUUUCGUCGACGACAUGAACAUGCCCCACGUGGACGACUAUGGUACCCAACAACCGAUCGCCCUCUUGAAGCACCUGUUUGAACGUGGCGGUUUCUACGACCGCGGAAAAGAUUUGAACUGGAAAAUUCUGCGAGACGUGUCGUUUCUGGCUGCGAUGGGUGUGGCCGGCGGCGGCAGGAACGAUGUGGAUCCCCGAUUUAUGUCGAUGUUUACCGUGAUCAAUUUGGUGUUUCCGUCAGAAUCGACCCUGCACCACAUUUACGCGUCGAUUUUGUCGGGGCACUUAUUCGAUUUUAGCGACGAAGUGCAGGUCGCCCCCACUCUGACCACCGUUUCUCUGAGCUUAUACAACGUCUUGGUGCAGCGCCUUCCCCCCACCCCCAGCAAAUUUCACUACAUAUUCAACAUGAGAGACUUGAGCCGCCUCGUCGCCGGUAUAUGCAAGAUCACUCCCAAGUACUUCAACGCUCUCCACCAAUUGGUGAGAGUGUGGAGGAACGAGUUCACCAGAGUUUUUUGCGAUCGCCUGAUCAGCGUCGAAGAUCAAGAACUGGUGACGACGGAAAUGAUUACACUAUUGGGCAAACACUUUCCCAAAAAGGAAAAGUGGCAGCCUCCGCCACUAGACGACGAGGAUUACGUUUUCGUCGAUGAGGAACCGGAACAACAGGAGGAAGAGGAGGAGAUCGACGUAGUCGAAUAUGCGAUGAGGGAUCCGCUGCUCUUCGGCGACUUCAGAAACGCUUGCAAUAUAGGCGAGCAGAGAGAUUACGAAGAUUUACUCGAUUACGACGCGGUUUACUUCUUGUUCCAAGAAAUCUUAGAGCUUUAUAAUGAGAACAAAGAGAAACUGGACAUGGUUCUAUUCGAAGACGCGUUGGAGCACCUGACUCGCGUCCAGAGAGGCUUGCGUUUGGAGAACGGACACGUGAUGCUUAUCGGAGUGGGGGGCAGCGGGAAAGCGAGUAUCACGAAAUUGGCGGCGUUCACCGCCGAAUGCGAAAUGUUCACCAUCACCCUGUGCAGGGGAUAUAACGAAGCCAUGUUUAAAGAAGACCUCAAGCGGCUCUAUCACCAGCUGGGGAUCGACCGAAAACGAACGGUAUUCUUUUUCUGCGCAUCCCAGAUCAUCGAAGAGGGUUUCUUAGAGUUUAUCAACACCAUCCUGAUGGUCGGACACGUGCCAGCGUUAUUUAACGAUGAGGACAAGGAGGAGGUGGUCGCUCAGUGCAGAGAAAUGGCCGUCAAAUACGGUUAUGGGUUGACCAAAGACAGCGUCUGGCAAUACUUCGUAGACACGUGCAUCGAUAAUCUCCACCUAGUGUUGUCGAUGUCACCGUCGGGUGAAAUGCUCAGCAAACGUUGCCGCAAUUUUCCGGGUCUCGUGAACAACACGACCAUCGACUGGAUAUUUCCGUGGCCGUUGCAGGCUUUGUUCGCCGUCGCGUCGGUGUCGCUGAAGGAGUCGGAGGCGAUACCGGAGGGAUAUCGCGGGACGAUCAUCGAGCACGUGGUACACGUGCAUCAGACCGUGAACCAAUUUACGGCAGAUUUCGCGAUGACGCUGCGACGUAAGAAUUACGUGACUCCGAAACACUACCUGGACUUUAUCUCGACGUAUCUGCGUCUGCUGCGGGAGAAGGGGAGGUUCAUUGAUGGCCAGUGCGAACGUCUAGCUAGCGGUCUGGGGAAAAUCGACGAGGCUAGCGCCGAAUUGGCGAUCUUGAAUGCAAAACUGGCAGAACAGAAGAUUGUGGUGGCGGAGGCAACGAGACGAUGCGAAAUAAUGCUCGCAGAAAUCGAGGCAGGUACCCUAGCGGCGACAAACAAGAAGGACGUGGCUUCGUUGAAGAGUACCGAAAUUGAAGAGCAAGCGCGUGUUAUUAGUGUAGAACAAGCCGAAGCUGAAGAGGCCCUGUCGGCUGCGUUGCCUGCUCUGGAAACAGCUCGACUAGCGCUAUCCGACUUAAAUAAGGCCGACAUCACGGAAAUUCGUUCGUUUGCUACUCCCCCAGAAGCGGUGCAAAUCGUGUGCGAGUGCGUUGUCAUUUUGAGGGGAUACAAAGAGGUUUCGUGGAAGACCGCCAAAGGAAUGAUGGCAGAGGCAAACUUUCUCAGAAAUCUCCAAGAAAUGAACUGCGAUGCGAUCACCCAGGCUCAAGUGAGGACGGUCAAAGCGCACAUGAAACGGUCCAGUAAGUUGGACGAGAUGGCUACUAUAAGUAAGGCCGGCUACGGCUUGUUGAAGUUCGUACAAGCGGUUCUGGGCUACUGCGCAGUAUACAGGGAGGUCAAACCGAAAAAGGACCGCGUCGAACAGCUUCAGGCGGAAUACGACAGCGCUAAACGCAGCCUUGAUAAACUCUACGCGGAAAUAGCCAAGCUAGAGAGCGACCUAGACAAGCUACACAGCAAGUACAUGGAGGCGAUGCAGCGACGGCAAGAACUUCAAAUCGAGACCGAUUUGAUGAUGCGAAGGUUGGAAGCAGCGGAUAAACUCAUAUCCGGUUUGAAAUCGGAGAAGAUCCGUUGGACCGAAGACCUUCGCGUGCUUGAUUCAAAUAAGGAGAAACUGGUUGGCGAUUGUUUGCUCUGCGCGGCAUUUCUGGCCUAUUGCGGACCAUUCACUUUCGAGUUUAGGAGACAAAUGGUGUACGAAAACUGGCUGAAUGACAUCACCGCGCGGAACGUACAGAUAUCGUCGCCGUUUAAGCUAGAAACCAGCCUUACAAACGACGUAGAAGUCAGCCUGUGGACGUCGCAGAGGCUGCCACCCGACGAACUAUCGAUCCAGAAUGGAAUAAUGACGGUACAGGGUUCCCGAUUUCCGCUAUGUAUCGAUCCCCAACAGCAGGCCUCGAACUGGAUCCAAAAGCGCGAGGAAAAGAACAACUUGAAAACGUUGAGUUUCGGAGACGUCGACUUCUUGAAGCAGUUGGACAUGGCUAUUAAUUACGGAGCGCCGGUACUGUUCCAAGACGUUGACGACUACAUAGAUCCAGUGGUAGAGAACGUUAUCCAGAAAAAACUGAAAACAGUAGCCGGUCGGACUUUCGUAAUAUUGGGGGACAAGGAGGUCGACUGGGACCCGAAUUUUAGACUCUACAUGACUACGAAGUUUGCGAACCCGGUGUUCAACCCGUCGGUAUACGCCAUCGCUGUGGUUAUAAACUAUACUGUGACGCUUACCGGGUUGGAAGAUCAGUUACUGAGCGUCGUAGUCAGAAACGAACGGCCCGACUUGGAGGAGCAACGGGAGGUCCUCAUUAAGGAGACCAGCGAGAAUAAAAAUUUGCUGCAAAACUUGGAGGAUUCGUUGCUUCGCGAGCUGUCGACCACCACGGGUAACAUGCUGGACAACGUAGAACUGGUGCAAACGCUGGAAAACACGAAAAUCAAAGCGUCGGAAGUUACCGAGAAGCUGGAACUGGGGACGUCGCAAGACAUCGACAGGCUUAGAGACGUCUACCGGCCGGUGGCUAUAAGAGGCGCCGUAUUGUUUUUCGUCAUGGCCGACAUGGCAGCGGUCAACGCUAUGUACCAGUACUCGUUGACGUCGUAUUUGGAAGUAUUCGCAUUCUCGUUGAGGAAGGCCCUGCCGCAUACCGUUUUGGAUCGUCGUCUAAUGAAUAUCGUGUCUACGCUGACCCAGAAUGUCUACGACUGCGGCUGUACGGGUAUAUUCGAGAGGCACAAACUGCUGUUUUCGUUCCAGAUGACCGUCAGGUUGGAACAGAACGCUGACAGGGUCACUCAGUCCGAAUUGGACUUUUUCCUAAAGGGGAGCGUCUCUUUGGAAAAAUCUUCCAGAGAGUGUCCGGCGCCGUGGAUCGGAACCCAGAACUGGGAAAAUAUACUCAAACUCACCGUCCUUUUUCCCGAUAAGUUUGACGGACUACCGGACCAGAUCGAAAGCAACUCGAACAUAUGGAAGCAGUGGUACGAUUCCGACGCCCCGGAGGCAGAAGACUUUCCCUUCGGUUAUAGAGAAACGCUAUCUCCGUUCCAAAUUCUGGUGUUUCUCCGGUGCUUCAGAAUCGACAGAAUAUACCGGGCGAUCGGCGAUUACAUAACCGAAAUCAUGGGCGAAGAGUACAUAAUGCCACCGUCAAUCGGCAUGGACAACAUCUAUGAGCAAAGCGGCCCGACAACUCCGGUCAUCUUCAUCCUUAGCCCCGGAUCGGACCCGACGGCUGAGCUGAUGAAGUUGGCCGAUCGUUCCGGUUUUGGCGGUGGAAAGUUUCGUCAUCUCUCGUUGGGCCAAGGCCAGGAGGUGAUCGCCGCGGCUCUGUUGGAGACCGCCAUAUCUCGGGGUCAGUGGUUGAUGUUUCAGAACUGCCACCUGCUACUAUCUUUCGUCAGACGCUUAGAGAAGCAGGUGGAACGAAUUAGCAAACCGCAUCCGGACUUUCGACUGUGGCUGACUACGGAUCCGGUGGUAAAUUUCCCCAUAGGCAUCCUUCAGGGUUCCCUCAAAGUGGUUACCGAGCCGCCCAGCGGUCUGAAAUUGAACCUGCGGAACACAUAUUUCAAGAUGCGACCGCAAACACUGGACGAAGUCGGGCAUCCCGCCUUUAAACGACUGAUCUAUGUAUUGGCGUUUUUCCAUGCGGUAGUGCAGGAGAGGAGACGCUACGAUAAGAUAGGCUGGAACAUUUGCUACGACUUCAACGAAUCGGACUUUAACGUGACUUCAACGUCGGACUUUAACGUAGGGGUCGGCAUUUUAGCCACGUAUCUGGCGAAAGCGUCUCCGAUGAACGACCUUAGGCGGAUACCGUGGAAUAGUCUGAAGUAUUUGAUCGGCGAGGUGAUGUACGGUGGUCGGGUCAUCGACGACUACGACAGACGAGUGGUGAAAACGUAUAUGGACGAGUAUAUGGGCGAGUUUCUGUUCGACCCGUUCCAACCGUUUCACUUUUAUCGCGACGAACGGGUGGACUACGUGCUGCCGCCGGACGGCGUCAAAGAUGACUACGUCGCGUUUAUAGACGAGUUGCCGCUGUCCAGCGGCCCGGAAGCCUUCGGCCUUCAUCCAAACGCGGAAAUCGGAUUCUACACUCAGGCGACGAAGGAGAUGUGGCACACACUGGUUGAACUGCAGCCACAAGUUGCCGUUUCCGAGACAGGCAUUAGCCGCGAAGACUUUGUCGAGUCGGUCGCUGACGAUGUGCUAAAGAAAAUUCCUGACCCGUACGAGAUCUGGAAGGUGCGCCGACACUUUCAGCGAACGAUGUCGCCCACCGUUGUAGUUCUCCUCCAGGAACUGGAACGAUUUAACCGUCUAAUAAUCGCCAUGAAAGAUACCCUGAUUCGAUUAAAAAAAGCUCUAGCCGGCGAAAUUGGUAUGGACAGUGUUCUCGACAACGUGGCCUAUUCGCUAUUCAACGGCCAGUUGCCGCAGAGUUGGAGGCGGCUCGCGCCGGCAACCUGCAAGAGUUUAGGCGGCUGGAUCGAGCAUUUCGAAGCCAGGCAGCAACAGUACUUCUCUUGGUCUAAUACUGGAGAACCUGCGGUCCUUUGGAUGUCCGGCCUUCACAUUCCCGAAACGUAUCUCGCGGCUUUGGUGCAGAUCUCCUGCAGGUUGCAUGAUUGGCCAUUGGACAAAUCGACGCUAUACACUUACGUUACGGAACACGUUGAUCCGGCUGACGUGGUUCUGAGACCGACGGCGGGUAAUUGUCUCCUUCACGGUCUGUAUCUGGAGGGAGCCGCCUGGGACCUGGACAAAAAUCGCCUGAAGAGGUCAGCGCCGAAGGUUCUGAUCGAGCAACUACCAGUGUUGGCCGUUGCUCCCACAGAAGCGUUUCGAUUAAAGUUGCAGAACACCCUCAAGACCCCCGUGUAUACAACUUCACAGAGGCGAAAUGCUAUGGGGGAGGGAUUAGUGUUCGAAGCGGACUUAAGGACUGCGGAACAUGCCAGCCACUGGGUGUUGCAAGGAGUGUGUUUGUUGCUCAACACCGAUUAGUCGGUUUAGAGUGUUUUAU